AUGUGUGAUCUAUCUAUCUAUCUAUCUAUCUAUCUAUCUAUCUAUCUGGUGAGGCCUCUAGUAGCGGAAGUUGAAAUUGCAUCGCGUUGCCGCCUUGUGCGCUUUCGCUGCGUUACGUGCGGUUUUCUCAGCCGUGAUCUCCUCGGACCGUCGAAUGGAAGUUGCAGCGGCGUCGGCUGCAUUGCGAGUAGCUUUUUGAUGCGGGCUCUGUCGAGACCAUUGAUUGGAAAGCCUCAAAGAGGCCUCUACCUCGGUUUCCUCCUCCCACUUUCUCUUUGCCGCAGAGACUCUUUUAGAACGCCUGCUAAUGUUGCCUCGACAUGGUAUUUUGGCACGCUUAGCAAAGCUGCCGGGUCGGUCACGCCACGGCACUCAGAAGAGUGCAAAGCAGAGGUUGAAGUAGACGCCAGCCGCUUCUCCCCCAAGGAGGCGCACUCAAUGGAAUCCUGCCCCCGUUUCCCCUUAGCCGUUGAGGCUUUUUUUGAGCGCCUGCUAAGGUUGCCUCGCCUGGGUGUUUUUGAAGUCUUUGCAGAGCUGCCGGUCUGUUCGUAUCUAUCUAUCUAUCUAUCUAUCUAUCUAUCUAUCUAUCUAUCUAUCUAUCUAUCUAUCUAUCUGACUUUAAAUCUAUCUAUCUAUCUAUCUAUCUAUCUAUCUAUCUAUCUAUCUAUCUAUCUAUCCCAGCUAAGGCAUUCUUUUUUCCUCAUUUUUUGUACAUUUCUUUUUUUGAUCGAUUUAUUCAUUCAUUCUUUCUUUCUUUCUUUCUUUCUUUCUUUCUUUCUUUCUUUUCUUUUUAAUGAAUUCUUUCUUUCUUUCAUUUUCUUUCUUUCAUUUUCUUUCUUUCAUUUUCUUUCUUUCUUUCUUUCUUUUCCACUCUAUUCGCACUUUGUUGACCAAACCGCACGGAUUUCUUGUGUCUUUUUCAUCAUCAUCGUCGUCGUAGUCACCGUCGUUCCGCUUUACUCUUUCUUUCUUUCUUUCUUUCUUUCUUUCUUUCUUUCUUUCUUUCUUUUUCUUUCUUUCUUUCUUUCUUUCUUUCUUUCUUUCUUUCUUUCUUAUUCAAAUCUGUCACAGCUUGGCUUUUAA